GAAAAAAGAAAAAGCAGUAGCAGCAGCAGAGAGAGUACAGAGAGAGAGAGAGAGAGAGAAGAAAAAAGAGAGGAAAUUCAGCAGCAGGGAUUGAUUGUAGUGGAAAUCGGAAAUGAAAUGAGAGACCAGAAUGGAAAUCGAAGAAAGUGGUUCUUCAGAUGGGAAGGAUGAACAGUAGAAGUGGUGGUUGUUGGGGUAACAAAGAGGGAAUUUUGAGCUUCGAGAUGCGAGCUGCUGACUCCGGUAGAAAGGGAACCUUCUCCGUACUCCUCCUCUUCCUCCUUUUGAUUCUUAUUUUACCCAGCAUUUAAGAUAUUUCCUCCCCAGUUCUUCUUCUGUUUUCUCUUCAGGAACUGCUAUUUCUCUCUCUGAUUCUGCCUCUUCUUACUUCAAUCUGGUAUGUGUUUGGCUUUUCUUCAUCUGGGGGUGCUUCCUUUUGACUUGGGUUUCUGUUUGUAAAGUCAAUCAACCUAACUCUCUUCUUUGAUCUUUGGCCCUUUUCUAAUUUGGGGUUUACUUAUGAUCGUUUUUUACUGGGUUUUGUCCUUGGGAUGCUUCAAUCAGUUGCCGGAUUCAUUCUUGAGGACUCUGGCAUCAGUAGUUAGGUUUUAGGGUUUCAUUUUGUGCGUCCUCUUCUGGUUGUUGUAGGUGAUGAUACUGGUUUUCAUUGUCUUAUUUUGUCUCGGGUCUUUGUUUUGAUAGGAUUUUGGUGUAAAUAAUGCUAGAUUUUCUGUAUCUCAGGUUUAUUCAUAGCUUCUUAUAUCCUUCUUUUGAUAUAAUUCUUGGAGGAUUUGUUAAUUUUUUUUUUCUUUUUGGCUUUUGGCCCCCAUUUUGAGAGAAAGAGAGGGGAAGAAAUAUACAGUAUAAAGUCUGAGACUCAUACAAACACAUCUCAAAGCACCCCAUCAUUUUUAUUGUGGGUAUUAUUUCAGUUUUUUUUUCUCUUUUUAAUUGGAGCUUCUGUGGGUACUUUGUUUCUAAGGGCUAUAUUUUCUUUUUCCAUUUCAUUUUUAUAUGUGAAAAAGAAGAAAAAUUCUAUAUUUGAUCCCAAAAAGAGGGGGGUGUUAUACUGUCUCGAUUUCGAGGAGUAAUCGCGGUUUUAAUUCUUCUUGGGUGAUCUGACUGUUUAUGGGAAUACCUGAUAGUUCACUAUCAGAUCUGAUUGAGAAGGUUAGGUCUUGGUUAUCCUGGGGACCUGACUCAUCAGUGUGCUUAUCCAAGGAAUUUGUGAUGCCUGAAAAUAGUUACAAAAUGUGUUGUGAGUGUGAUACAAGCUUUUCUGAGAUCUCUUUGAGAUUCCAGUGCCAGAGUUGUAGUCAAUUGUCUUGCGGAAAAUGUAUUCGGGGUUAUGAAUCUUAUGUUGUCGAAUCAGAUGGAAUGAAGGUGGGUAAUGAGGCUCUGAAGAGAAUCAAGUUGUGUAAGUUUUGUUCUGAUGCUAACCUACGGCAUGAAGUUGGCAGGAGAUAUGGUGAGAAAGUACAUCCUUCUGUCUCUCCCAGGGAUAGCCCAGAGCCGCCUUCACCUAGUAAUGAUGGUGCAGACAAGUCUCCUAUGAAGACUGAAUCAAUUCCCGGUGAUCACCUGAGUCGGUAUCUUGAGUCACAAGAUUGUGGCUAUUCUCCCUAUGCAGCAUCACAUAGGAUAUUGAGCUCGUUUAAUGCUCAUCCAUCUCCUAUUUCUGUUCGCUACUCCUCUAACUGGAGUGAUGAAGAGGAUGCAGAAGAUUCUGGGAGGCAUUUUUUCAGCCCAUCAAGUGAUUAUUUUCGUGACAGUUCAGAUAUAGACUCGAGUAGUGUUAGUGCUAGAAACGAGUUCUUUAGUUCUCAUUUUGAGGAAUCAAGUCCUUCUGACAGCCCCUCGAGGAAUGAUUAUACGUUCAGUAAAGCUGAUUAUGUUGUACAGACUAUAGAUCCAGGUCAAAGGGUGAAUCUAGUGUCUCAAAAUGCUGUGACCAUUUUAAAUAGGCCUGAGACUGAGAGACUGACUGAAGGUCAAGAUAACAAACAUGUAUGCUCUGGUGACCUGCCAACUAUUCCGAACCAAGAUGACAAGGUAGAAAGGCCAUUAGAUUUUGAAAACAAUGGGCGUAUCUGGUUCCCCCCACCUCCUGAAGAUGAAAGUGAUGAGUUGGAGAAUAAUUUCUUUGCAUAUGAUGAUGAAGACGACAAUAUUGGGGAUUCUGGUGCUCUGUUCUCCACGAGUAGUAGCCUUUCUAGCAUGUUUCCAGCAAAGCAAAAUUUGCAUGACGAGAAUAAGGAGCCUCUCAGAGCUAUGGUUCAGGGUCACUUUAGGGCUCUUGUUGCACAACUGUUACAGGGGGAGGAUAUCAAAUCUGGAGGAGAUGACAAUGAGGACUGGCUUGAUGUCAUUACCACAAUUGCCUGGCAAGCUGGAAAUUUUGUGAGACCGGAUACUAGCAGAGGGGGCAGUAUGGAUCCUGGGGAUUAUGUGAAAGUAAAAUGCAUUGCAUCGGGACAUCCUAAUGAAAGCUCACUUAUAAAGGGAGUUGUUUGUACAAAAAACAUUAAGCACAAACGCAUGACCUCACAAUUCAAAAACCCCAGGUUACUUCUUUUAGGAGGAUCCCUUGAAUAUCAUCAUGUAGCUAACCAGUUAGCUUCUUUUAAUACAUUAUUACAUCAGGAAGAUGACCAUCUGAAGACUAUUAUUUCCAAAAUAGAGUCUCUUCGCCCCAAUGUUCUGCUGGUGGAAAAAAGUGUAUCUUCUUGCGCUCAGGAAUAUCUGCUGGCGAAGGAAAUAUCUCUGGUUCUGAAUGUUAAAAAGCCAUUACUAGAGCGCAUAGCCCGUUGCACUGGUGCUUCCCUUACUCCAUCAAUCGAUCAUAUUUCCACGGCACGUCUUGGAAAUUGUGAACUUUUCCGGUUGGAGAGAGUGAAUGAAGAGCACGAAAAUGUUAAUCAGAAUAAAAAACUAUCAAAGACCUUGAUGUUCUUUGAAGGGUGUCCGAAGCGCUUGGGCUGCACGGUCUUGCUGAAAGGCAUGUGUCGUGAAGAACUUAAAAAAGUUAAACAUGUUGUUCAAUAUGCAGUAUUUGCAGCAUAUCACUUAUCUCUUGAGACUUCCUUUCUUGUGGACGAAGGUGCUUCUUUGCCUAAGAUGCCAAAGCCCUCGAUUCCUGUUGAAGAUAAUUCCACAUCAGAAAAUCCUGAUGCACCCACUUCACCCAAUUAUCCGGUCGAUGUCUCCGCCAGCAAUAAAUUCUCUUCUAUUAAUAAUGAGCUUGAAGAAUCCAAACUGUACUCAAUGAAUCCUCGCUUUGAUAAUAAUGGCUUUCUACUGCCUACUGGCUUUGAAGACUCUAUCAUGGUCGACACACUUCCCGAUAUGUUCAAUGAUGAUUUGCCAUCUGAUGUUGAUAUAAAACCUUCUUGUAAUCGUUGUGAGGAAUUAAAGGAUGGUUCAGCAGUUACUUUCUCUAUCCAAAAUCUUUCUGAAUCUGAAUUGCGAGAAACCUUGGAACGGACAAAGGGAAAGUCCGGUGGGAUUUCAGAGUUGCGAAAAUCUGAAAGUUUUGAUGAAAAUGACCUCUCUAGUGAAUACUUCUCUGCAGCAGAUAACCAGAGCAUUUUAGUAGCCUUUUCAAGCCAUUGUGUACUUAAAGGAACUGUAUGUGAGCGCUCUCGCCUUCUGCGCAUAAAGUUUUAUGGCCGUUUUGACAAGCCUUUAGGAAGAUACCUACGUGAUGAUCUCUUCGACCAGACAUCGAGCUGUCGGUCGUGUAAGGAGUCAGCUGAGGCCCAUGUUUUGUGUUACACUCAUCAGCAGGGCAAUCUUACAAUUAAUGUUCGACGCCUACCCUCUAUAAAGCUUCCUGGGGAAGAAGAUGGUAAGAUAUGGAUGUGGCACAGGUGUCUCAGGUGUGCCCAAAUAGAUGGAGUCCCUCCAGCAACUCCUAGGGUUGUAAUGUCUGAUGCUGCCUGGGGGCUUUCUUUUGGAAAAUUUUUGGAGCUUAGUUUCUCGAACCAUGCGACUGCAAAUCGAGUUGCAACAUGCGGUCAUUCAUUGCAGAGAGACUGCCUUCGUUUCUAUGGGUUCGGGAGCAUGGUCGCAUUUUUCCGAUAUUCGACCAUUGAUAUUCUCUCUGUUGACUUGCCCCCUUCUGUACUCGAGUUCAAUAGCCAUGUUCAGCAGGAAUGGAUAUCAAAAGAAGCAUCAGAGAUUAUUGGUAAGAUGGAAAGCUUAUAUGCUGAGAUUUCUGAUAUUGUCGAUCGAAUGGAACAGAAAAGCAAGUCCACACAGGAACCAUCUGAUUCAAGUGAGGAGGUGCAAAGCCACAUCAUGCAACUGAAAGGACUGCUACAAAAGGAACGAAGUGAUUACAUUGGUUUUCUGCAACCUUUCAUGAUGGAACCUUCGUUACUGGGGAUGGUUACGGUGGACAUUCUGGAACUGAACCGUUUGAGGCGUUCACUAUUAAUUCAUAUGCACUUUUGGGAUCAUCGCCUUUUUUCGCUUGAUUCCCACCUUAAAAAGAUAUUAAAUCCCAAGAACGAUGCGUCUUCUCCUGUGAUGAGGGAUUUGAAAAGUGAUUCUGCUCACAGUGAUGGGAAAGCUGAAUUUGGUCACAGUGGGAAUAUUCAAGAAUCUUCUUGGGUUCAUGAGUCUGUUGGAAAUGAUGUAGGAGAGCAGAAGGAAGAGUUCACACCCACAGCAUUUGAAUGCUCAGAAUCAACUUCACAUCAAGAGGAAACACAAACAUACUCAGAUGGGGAAAUGACUGAUCCCAUGGCAUCAUCUGAAAGCCUUCUUUCUUAUGGAUCCAAUCUUUCUGAGAGAAUAGAUUAUGCAUGGUCAGGAACUGAGCAAUUUGUGAAGAAACCAUGUGCAGAAGAACCCUUAGAUGGGGCAGUGAAGCAUAUGAGUCAAAAUGAUAAUCCUCAAAUUAGGAGGAUAAUGAUGUCACCUGUAAGAGUUCAUUCCUUCGAUUCUGCGGUAAGAAUGCAAGAGAGAAUCAGGAAAGGAUUACACCCAUCUACUUUUCAAUUGUCAACAAUUAGAUCUUUCCAUGCUUCUGGAGAUURCGGUAAUAUGCUGAGGGAUCCUGUUUCUGGUUUAGCUAGAGCUCACUCGCAAGUGCUACCUUGGGAAACACAGAAGUUAAAUUUAUUACUCAGUUCAACUCCAUCUUUUAUCUCGGCAUCUCAUGUCCCUGAAGGCAUCCGACUGCUGCUUCCUCAGACCGGCAACAACGAUAUAGUUAUUGCCGUUUAUGACAACGAACCUACCAGCAUAAUUGCGUAUGCCCUCAAUUCAAGAGAAUACGACGACUGGGUUGCCAAUAAGUUUACUGAUAACGAAGGAUGCCGGAGUGUCCCUAGACUCAACACCGAAGAUUCUCGGGUUUCAAGUAUUUUGGCUUGGCAGUCUUUUGGUUCUCUGGACUUGGACUAUAUCCACUAUGGAAGCUAUGGCGCUGAAGAUUCUUCUUCCUCCUUGAGAACCCUGUUCUCAGACCCCAAAAAAUCUCCCCAUUUACGGAUUUCGUUUGGAGAUGAAUCUUCAACAUCUGUAGGUAAAGUUAAGUUCUCUGUGACCUGCUAUUUUGCAAAGCAAUUUGACUUGUUAAGAAAAAAGUGCUGCCCCAAGGGAGUGGAUUUUGUGAGAUCUUUGAGCCGUUGCCGUAGAUGGAGCGCACAGGGUGGGAAAAGUAAUGUUUACUUUGCCAAGUCAUUAGAUGAGAGGUUCAUUAUAAAACAAGUCACCAGGACAGAGCUUGAUUCAUUUGAGGAGUUUGCUCCUGAAUAUUUCAAGUACAUGUCACAAUCUCUCAACUCUGGAAGUCCAACUUGCCUUGCUAAAAUUCUUGGGAUCUAUCAGGUCACUGUUAAACACCUGAAGGGUGGUAAAGAAAUGAAGAUGGAUUUGAUGGUAAUGGAGAAUCUAUUUUUCAAGAGAAGCAUCUCAAAGGUUUACGACCUCAAGGGCUCUUCACGAUCUCGUUACAACCCGGAUACGACCGGGGCUAACAAGGUUCUACUAGAUAUGAACCUUUUAGAAGCACUGCGGACGAAACCCAUAUUCCUCGGAAGCAAGGCAAAAAGAAACCUCGAAAGGGCUAUCUGGAACGAUACGUCGUUUUUGGCGUCGAUUGACGUUAUGGACUAUUCGCUUUUGGUUGGAGUUGACGAGGAGCGAAAGGAGCUCGUUUUAGGGAUCAUUGAUUUCAUGAGGCAGUAUACAUGGGACAAACAUUUGGAGACGUGGGUGAAGGCGUCGGGGAUACUCGGAGGCCCGAAGAAUGCUUCUCCUACCAUCAUCUCUCCGAAACAAUACAAGAAACGGUUUCGCAAGGCGAUGACAGCUUAUUUUCUCACAGUUCCUGAUCAAUGGUCUUCUUGAUUUUAUGAUAGAUCAUUGUAUUCUUUUGUCCAAGGAAAAAAAAAGCAUUUGUUCAUCAAUAAUGGGGAUUGCAAUUGCAGAUAAAUUUGAAGGAAAUCCCUCUCAUUCUUUUCUUUUUUACCCCUUUAAUUUGUUAGAUUUUGUGUACAAAGAAACAAAGAUUAGGUCCAAAAGAGAGAGGGCCUCCACCCUUGAGGAUGAAGAAUUGUACUUUCUUUUUUAUCUAAUGGGAAAUAUUUGAAGCCAAAUUAUGCAUU